UACUUGACUCUGUAACAGUCCCAUAUUUCCUGGUGUCCAUUCACCUCACUCCAUCGCUGCAAGACAAUGAAGGAUACACACACCCUGCUCAAUCUGCUUCUGCUGCUAGUGUACCUAGCAGGAUCAGCUCUGACCACUGAUGGAGGGAGUGGCAGUACCAAUGGUCCCUUGGAACUAACCAUUGUGGGACCUGACUUUGUUAAAGUGGGUGUGCCACGCAGCUUUGACUGUGCUGCCCAGUGCUCUCCCUCCUGUAGCUACAGAAUGAGUAUCGACGGGCAGAUUUGGCAUGGCAACGAGCUGUUGUUCACAGCUCGCCAAUGGGAGGAGUCCCUAAACCUCACAUGCACUGCAAGGAAUGAUGACUCUGGGAGGUCCUCUACAGUAACAAAGAUACUGCAGGUUUUAGCUGGACCAACCAACGUAUCGAUCACAGGCCCUGCCCUGAUGUCACCAGGGGCCCCACAAAGCUUCAAGUGUAACGCAGACUGCCGUCCCUCCUGCAACUACACCUGGAAGAUAAAGGGCCGAUGGCUCGGGGGGCAGGGGAACAAGAUUACUGUAACUCCCGAAGAGUUGGCCACCUCUGUUACCCUGAACUGCAAGGCCAUCAACAGUGUGUCUGGGCUCUAUGCCAUGGAAACCAGGACAAUACCUGUGACAUCUGGUCCAUCAGAGGUCCACGUCAUAGGCCCAGACUCUGUUGCAGUCGGCUUCAAGUCCAUGUUUCAGUGCACUGCCAAAUGCACUCCCGCUUGUGACUACCGCUGGACCAUUGAUGGUCUCACUGUCCACGGCAGUGAGAUGGAGAUGACGGUCGAGCGACAUGUGAAGUCAGAGAAGAUUAUGUGCCACGCUCAGAAUACGGUCUCAACUCAUUUUGAGGUGGUCACCAAGUCCGUAAAGGUGGAAGACAAUGACAAAAAAAAGAUCCUCUCCAAAAAAUAUGGUUGUCAAGCUGUGUCCAGUUUGUGUUUGUACAAGCAGACCAUCUCUGGGAGGAAGCAUCAGCAUUGUACAGCAGCUGAAACCUAGUCCCGAUUGAGUCCGAACACUCCUUGCUGACAACAACACCAGGUUCCAGAGCAUUAAAGCUGUAAAACAGGAAUAUAGACCGAAAACAGACAAGACAUUAAAACCUUGAAUACCA